ACAUGGCAGAAAGCUUGGAAAUGGAAGGUUCUGUUGAUUGGAAAGAGAGAUGUAUGAGUCUGGAGUCACAGCUGCUAAAAUUCCGCAUCCAGGCCAGUAAGAUCAGGGAGCUGUUAGCAGAGAAGAUGCAGCAGUUAGAAGUUCAAGUUCUUGAUGCAGAACAUCGUGCAGAAAAGGCAUAUCAACAGGUACGGGUUAUGGAAGAGAAACUAAAGGCUGCCAACAUCCAAACUAGUGAAUCAGAAAAUCUGCUCUACAAGAGGUGUCAGGAACUGGAAACCAUCAUACAGGAAAAAGAUGACUAUUUGCAACAUUUGGAACAACAAGUUGAAGAGCAGAAGCAGAUGAGACUGCAGGAAGCCAAAGUUAUAGAAGAAAAAGCAUCAAAAAUUAAAGAAUGGGUGACUGUUAAGCUACGUGAGCUAGAAAUAGAAAAUCAAAGAUUGCGAUUAACUAACAAGCACCAAAUGGAGGAAAUCAAGGUACUUCAGGUACAGUUACAAGGUGCUCAAUUAAAGAAAUCUACCACCCCUGUUCACAAACCUGGAGAACCACAGAGGCUAAGCAGUUUAACAUUUGGCUGUUUUCAAAGUAGAGCAAAGAGUCCUCAGCAGAAUGCAGGAGUACAAGUGGAUCUCCCAUUAAAAGCAUCAUCUCAAGAGUCACGAUCCUAUGAGGCUAGCAGUGCCACAGAAAAGAAAGUUUGUGAAAACUCCCUGAUUUUAACUGAUGGAAACAGAAAAAGUCGUAAGUCAUUGCAUCAGGAUUCCUGUGGUUCACAACACAUCAUAAAAGGCAGGACUAGUGGCAUGUUGCAGGAAAGCUGCAGUGGCAGUAUCACCAAGCAUUUGUGUAAUAACGUAAGUGGAUUCAGCUCUGAUGAGGAUGAUGCCAAAAGAAAGAGAUCAGAAAUGAGAUGUGUAUCCACUCUUUCCAGUCAUACUUCAGAAGAUGGCACCAGUUUUAGUCAGCGAGAGAGUGAAAUGUAUCUCACAGCUUCUGAUGACAGCAGUUCUCGCUUUGAUGAUGAGAGCUUUGGUGCACAGCAGACUGAACACAAAGUGCUGUAUCAUAGAAUUAGGACUUCUCAUAGCUCCACUGGAAAGAAUAGCUUAGAAUCAUCCAGUAAACAAACUGAUCAGGAUAGCUCUUCAGAUGAACUUAAUAAGAAAUUUCAGUCUCAGACUUUGGACUCUUCUUCAUCAUCCAGUGAGACAAAUACUCCUAGUCCUGUCCUGGCUCCAGCUUUGAGCCUUAAACACACAUCCUCUGUUGCAACAAACACUCAGGCUUUGGCCAUGUCAGUUUCUGCUUCAAACUUGCCACCUCCAAAAUUAAGAACUCCUAAUGUUUUUGGCAUCAGUGCUGCUUUGACCAAAAAGCAUUUAAGCCAACCCCAGCUAAGUUCAGAUAGACUGUUUGGUAAAAACAGGAAUGCUAUAAGUAUGGUACGUCCCUUUAGGCACCAAGAAACCGAUAUUGACCUUGUAGAUACUGAAACCAGUGAUAUUCUGGAAAAGAUGGAGACAGUGUAUGGAGAAGAGUUUUUUUCAUACGAUACAUCAGAGGUACAAAAUGCAAAAGAACACAAUGCCAUUUCUGCAUUAGGAAGGGCUCCUACUAACAAACCACCAACCCCUCCACUUCAUCGUUUCCCCUCAUGGGAAAAUCGAAUUUAUGUGGUAGCUAAGUCAGGAAUGAGAAUGUCUGAAGCCUCAUAUAUGGAUACAGCUAACAGAAGUAGCAUGGCUUUGUAUUCUACACCUGGAAUAUACUCAUCUCUUAUUUACAAGGACAUAACUGUUCCUGUUUUUACUACAUUGAAAGGGAAAGCCACUCAGAUCAGUAGUAGCCCAUUCUUAGAUGAGUCAUCAGGAUCUGAUGAAGAGGAUAGUUCAAGGUCUAGCUCACGGACUUCAGGCUCAGGGUCCCGGAUGAGAAGUGGCCCUAAUAGUCCACGGGCCAUGAAGAGGGGUGUCUCUUUGUCUUCUGUGGCUUCAGAAAGUGAUUAUGCCAUUCCCCCAGAUGCCUACCCUACUGAUACAGAAUGCUCAGAGCCUGAGCAAAAACUGCCUAAAACAACAUGUUCCUCCUCUAGUGACAAUGGCAAAAAUGGGACUUUAGAGAAAUCGGGAUACCUACUAAAAAUGGGUGGCAAAGUUAAGACUUGGAAACGGAGAUGGUUUGUCCUUAAAGGUGGUGAACUUCUCUAUUACAAAUCUCCAAGUGAUGUUAUUAGAAAACCUCAGGGGCAAAUUGAACUUAGUGCCUCUAGCCACAUUGUCAAAGGAGAUGGAAAACAAACUAUCCAGCUGAUAACUGAAAAAAGAACUUACUACCUGACAGCAGAUUCUCCGAAUAUUCUGGAGGAGUGGCUUCAUGUGUUACAGAAUGUCCUUCGAGUGCAGGCUGUAAGUCCUCUGUUCACACAUCCUGAUGUGAGGCCGUCAGUGAAAGGACUACUGACUAAGGUAAAACAUGGGUACUCCAAGAGAGUCUGGUGUGCACUUUUUGGAAAAACUUUAUAUUAUUUUCGCAGUCAAGAGGAGAAGUUCCCUCUUGGUGAGAUCAAACUCUGGGAGGCCAAAGUUGAAGAAGUGGAUAGAUCCUGUGAUUCAGAUGAAGAUUAUGAGUCCAGUAGGCGGACCUUGUUAUCAACACAUUAUACUAUUUCUGUCCAGCCAAAAGAGCAAGUGCCAACAUACCUGUUGAUUGGUUCCAAACAUGAAAAGGACACGUGGCUGUAUCACCUGACCAUUGCUGCUGGCAGCACCACUGUGAACGUUGGCACUGAAUUUGAGCAAUUUGUUGGCAAACUGUUGAAUGUAGAAGGAGAUCAUAGUUCCCAGGUGUGGCGACAUCCCGCGUUGUGUUACAGUAAAGAGGGAAUUAGUUCCCCACUUACAACAUUACCAUCUGAAGCUCUGCAGACUGAAGCAAUUAAGUUAUUUAAGAGCUGCCAAUUGUUUAUCAAUGUUGCAAUCGAUUCACCUGCAAUUGAUUAUCAUGUGUCCUUGGCCCAAAGUGCUUUGCAGGUGUGCCUCACACAUCCUGAGCUACAGAAUGAAAUGUAUUGUCAGCUCAUUAAGCAAACGAGACGAAGGCAGCCUCAGAACCAGCCUGGACCUUUGCAGGGCUGGCAGCUCUUGGCUUUGUGUGUUGGUCUUUUUCUUCCUCAUCAUCCUUUCCUAUGGCUGCUUCAGCUCCACUUAAAGAAGAAUGCAGAUAUCAGGACUGAAAUUGGUAAAUAUGCCAUUUAUUGUCAGCGCUGUGUAGAGCGAACGCAGCAGAAUGGGGAUCGUGAAGCCAGACCUUCAAGAAUGGAAGUUUUGUCAACUCUGUUACGAAAUCCCUAUCAUCACUCUUUGCCUUUCAGUAUUCCAGUGCACUUCAUGAACAAUACAUACCAGGUUGUUGGGUUUGAUGCCUCCACCACAGUAGAAGAAUUCUUAAGCACACUGAACCAGGACAUGGGCAUGAGGAAACCAGCCCAUUCGGGAUUCGCUUUGUUUACAGAUGAUCCUUCUGGAAAUGAGCUUGAGCAUUGUCUACAAGGUCAUGUUAAGAUUUGUGAUAUUAUCUCUAAAUGGGAACAGGCAUCCAAAGAGCAGAAUCCUGGCAAGUUUGAAGGAACAAGAACUGUGCGUCUCACCUACAAGAACAGGCUUUAUUUCUCCAUGCAGGCUCGUGGAGAGACAGAGCGGGAGAAGCUGCUCCUGAUGUUUCAGAUCAGUGAUCAGAUUGUAAGUGGUCAAUUUCCAGUAACCAAGGACUUGGCAUUAGAAAUGGCAGCACUAUUAGCCCAGGUAGAGUAUGGAGACUUUGAACGACCUUUCUCAACUCCAGCAGGACAGGUUGCAUCACAGUCCAAGAGCAGCCAGAUGGUGAAGCAAGCACUGGAACGAUUUUAUCCCAAGCGGUAUAGACAGGAAUGCUCUGAAGAACAGCUUAGACAACUUUGUCAGCGACUAUCUACCAAAUGGAUGGCUCUUCGAAGUCGUGCUGUUACAGACUGCACACGCAUUUAUUUAACUGUAGCCAGGAAAUGGACUUUCUUUGGUGCAAAACUAUUUCUUGCAAAACCUGUUGCCCCAUCUCCAUCUGAAGCAAAUUAUGUGUGGCUUGCUGUACAUGAAGAUGGCAUCAGUGUCCUUGAACACAGUUCCAUGCGACUCAUAAUAACCUAUGUAUACAAGAGCCUAAUGACAUUUGGUGGAUGCCGGGAGGACUUCAUGUUAGUGGUCACUGCUAGUAACGUUAAGGAUAAACCAACUGAAAAACACCUGUUUGCAUUACCAAAGCCAAAGAUUCUUGACAUUACUUUGUUGAUUGCCAGCUACAUCAACAACUUUCACCAGCAGAAAGGAGCAGCCCACCAUCUCUCAGCUCCAGCAUCAUUAUCCACUCAGGUCACAGGGAAGAAGAUCAAAGAAAUGGGGAGCCAGACACUUCUUUCCCAUAACAGGCCCACCAAGGGACCCACACUUUUAUGAAAGAAAGAGAAGCUACAGCAGGAUUGUGGCUCUCACAUGAAAAGUGACACCCAGUUGUUGAAGCUGUUCAUUUGGUUUCAUGAAUUUCUCUGCAUAAGCCUUGCAGGUGAAAAAGGCACCACAGCAGAUAAUGAUACUAUAUGCAUUAGGUUUAUAAUCUACACAGUCACUAUGUGUUAGAUUUAUUACUUUUAUUACCUACACAACAUGUCAUCAGAAGCAAAUGGAUUGUUUUAAUUGUGUGGUGCAAAAAGUGUUUUGAAGUUUUACAAACAUGAGCACAAAAUAUCUAUUACCUCUUUCUUUCUUUUUCUUUUCUUUUUUAUUUUAAACAUUCAGAAUUAUCUUUUAUUGGCUGAAAUCCUGUGGUUAUUUAAUUUAAAAUAUAAGGUACUUUGUGGAUAAGC